AUGUACUUGAAACUCUACUCUCUUCUGCUGGCCGCACUCAGUGCUGAGGCAUUGACGACUCCUCACCAAGUGAGGGACGCAUCAGCAGGAGAUUUGGCCAUACCACCAUCCUCUGGCAAGUUCUUGGAAAACUUCGGCCAGAGCAAUUUGGACUUUGAUCAAUGGAUCGAUCACAUGGUAGAACAAGGUCACCUAUUCCGACCCAACAUCACCGACUCCAGCGUCAUAAUCGCCAGAGACGGUGGCAAAUGGAAGGUGACCUUGAAGAACGUGGCCUGCUCUACCGUCACCGGGAGUAAAGACCUUCUUGAUAGAGCGGAAGCACAUUUCUGCGACGACUUCAUCAAGAACGCGGGUAACAUGAUGGCCAGGGACAUGGAAAUGGACGUCACGCGACUUAUUUGUGACAACGGGACGUUCUGCCGCCUUGGUCUCAAGAGCGUCUUUGACUUCUUCCAUCUCUUCCCCACGGCUGAUGAUAUUGCUGGAGUGUGUCACGAUAUGUUCAAUGCGGUGCAGAAUGCCUGUCCAGAUGGUGGAGGUGUUGCGGACACUGAAGUCACUGGAGGUAGCGGCGAGACUGAGUCUGGACAGUUGGAGUUUUCGUAUACUUUGGGUAAUGAUGGCGAGUGUCAAGAGGAUCCCACGCACCAGUGUUUUGAUAAGGACGUCCAGUGA